CCGCACCAGACUCACUGUUGUAGUUAGCAGUCAACGAUGGGUGGUAUUUGAGCAACAAACUAGCUAACCACUAGCUUUUCGUAAAAUAACAGCUAGAACUGUAUAUUUUAUUUAUUUUUCAAAAGCUUGUUUCUUUAUCUAAACGUUAGGCCAAGAUGAGUCUGUCGAACUCGAUUACACGAGCCACAACUACGAUGUUGCAUUUUCAAAAUGGAGGAUCUUCGUACCUAGCUGAUGAUGCUAGGCCGUUGUACUAUUUCCAGGGGGCUGGGGCCAUAUGUGCUGGGGCGUCACCGAAGUCUAAAGUGGACUUGGGAAAUGGGACUGGCGAUACUCCACCACGACCCACGACGUUAGGAGUGAAUGUCGUGAAAAGCAACGGCCUCGAUAAUCAUUUGUCAGACCGAAGCAACAAUGACGACUCUUUGCCGUGCACUCCCCAGAUGGCGUCAGAAUGUGGGCCUGAACUAUCGAAUUGUCCAUCGGGCGAUGAAGUAUUGGAACAUGAUACCAGACAACUCAUUGAGAAUUUUUUGGGGGACUACACAGGACUGUCUCAGCCUCGAUGGACGCAAAGCAAGCCUCUUACGACGAUGAAGCGAGUGGUGGAGGACGUAAUAGCAAAGCACCGAUACGCAUACAAUGGUAUGGUCGCCAAACUUGACUUGGAUGACCGAUGCGAUGACAUGGGCGUCAUCAAUUCUGUGGCCAAGACCAUGUUCAGUGACGGGAUCACAAACUGGGGUCGCAUCGCCAGCCUGGUGGCAUUUGGAGCAGUGGUGAGCCAGCACCUGAAGGAGAGGGGCAGGGGACACUGCGUUGAGUUGGUGGGCCAAGAGAUUGCCAAAUACCUCCUCUCUGACCAAAGUGACUGGCUGAUCAAAAACAAUGCUUGGAAUGGAUUUGUAGAGUUCUUUCAUGUACAAGAUCCUGAGUCCUCAGUAAGGAACACCCUCCUAGCCUUUGCUGGAGUUGCUGGAAUUGGGGCAACACUCGCCAUGUUCAUCAGGUGAAUUGAACUAUAAAAGACUUACCUGUUACUUUUUUUCAACAAAGAAAAUGGACUAUUCCCGCAAGUUCUCUGAAAUCCUUAUAUCACCAUGGUUGGAAUGACUACCCAGUGAUGUCCUGCUUAGACAAAGAAGAGGGUCAGUCUGUUGGAUUAUAAUGACGGACUGAAUUGGGACGGUGCUUUGGUGUCAAGCUCAAGUUUGCUUUCUUUCCGCAUCAAUAUUUUGGUGCCUUUUUUUGUUUGAGGGGUCAUUUGAGGAUAUUUGGUAGUUGUCGGCAAGUCUCCAAAUAUAUUCAUCUGACAACUUAAAUCUAAUGGACUUGUUAAAUUGCGCUUUUAUUUAAUGUAAAAAGUACAGACAUUUUAUUUUUGUAAUAAAUGUAUAGUUGAA